UUUGUCUUUAGUGUGGAGAGGGAAGCUGUGAGKGUUUCUCAGGAGCACCAUGAGCGUAGGAAGUGAGACUAAUGACUGUAAUAUUGUAGACUUGUGUGCCCUCUACUGGUCACAMUGUUACAUUGCAUCACAUCCGAAGUAAUUACAAAACAGCGUGGGAUUGAGUUUGUGUAACUGGCUAUCAGCUGUUGAGUAACUCAUUCACGUUGCAGCAUACUAGAUUCUCUCUGUCCCACUAUCACCACUAAUCGAAAACUUCCCGAAAAAUGCAAAAGAAAUCAACAACCUUUAACAUUGUCUUCUCAUGGAUGAUUACGACCUAAUCUGGAUUUUUUGGCAUUUUGAAUUUUAAGAGAGACUGACAGUUUCAGUAGGGAACUCCUCUCCGUUUUAUUGCUUUUCAUCACCAGCAAUAGACCAUGCCUGUAUCGGGUGGUGAGGACCCCAUGUCCCAGGUUCGUCAGAUGCUGAGAGARUUGCUUGUGGGGAGAGAGAACGCCGAGGGCUUCUUCUGUCUGUGUGUGUCUGUACUGGGACACAACGAUACACGGACACAUUUCUUGCCGCUCAUCCAGCUCCUAGCCACCGAUCACAACAGCCUUCACACCACCCUCACCUCAAUCUAUUUGGAAUACUUCUCCAAGGAUGAGGAUGAUGAGUUGGCAGUGGCUCUGGCUCUGUCCCUAUUAGAGGUCAAAGGGCAACAGCAGACCGAUACCAAGCCCCUCUUCCCAGACCCUAAACUCCAGGGUCAAACAGACACCCAGGCUACGGCAACCUACAGACCCCAGAAUAGCUCCAUUCAGAGUCAGUCAGUUUCUCCUAAUGGUAGCUCCAGCCAGCCUCCGCCAGCCCCUCUGCCCAAGGGUGCGAGCUAUGCCCAGCUAGCAGCAGUAGGAGGAAGGAGACAGACUCAGGCUCAACACCAAGACUCCACAUCACCCAGAAGAUCCUCUGGACAUGGCAGCUCUCCUCAGACAGAGMGACAGAGAGGCCCAACCCAGACAGACAUAAUGUGGUCUAAUGUCACUCAGGAUGUGUGUGCCUCUAUUGCCACUUCUUUGACAUCCAAUCUCAACCAAGCCAAAGAUGACAUCACAGUGGUGGAGUGCGAAGUGGACCAAUCUGAGAAGCCAAAGCGCUCAAAGAACCGACGUCAGCGGCGGAAGGGGUAUGGCCAGCAGGUGGUAGGUAUGCCUCGAUGCCCCUCGGCUCCACCCCCUGUGCUGCUGUGGUUCCGCAGGGACCUGCGUCUCCAUGACAACCCAGCUGUGAUUGGCUCGUUGGCGGCUGGAGGGCCGGUCAUCCCCGUCUUUAUCUGGUGCCCAGAGGAGGAGGAGGGUCCCGGGGUAACCGUGGCUAUGGGAGGCGCCUGUAAAUUCUGGCUGCACCAGGCCCUGUCCUGUCUCAGCUCUGCUCUGGAACACAUCGGCAGCCAUCUUGUUUUCCUUCGGACGGAUGAGGAGAGAGAGGGGAUUGGUUCCUCGCUGCUUGCCCUGAGGAGUCUGGUGAGAGAGACGGGGGCGCAGACGGUGCUGGCUAGCGCCCUCUAUGAGCCGUGGCUGAGAGAGCGGGACCAGGUAGUGGUGUCAGCGCUGCAGAAAGACAGGGUGGAGGUUAACAUGGUCCACUCCUACUGUCUCAGAGACCCUUAUACUGUUACUACUGAGGGGGUGGGACUCAGAGGUAUUGGUUCUGUAUCCCACUUCAUGAGUUGCUGUCAGAUGAACCCUGGCCCAGGGUUAGGGGUUCCCCUGGACCCCCCCAUAUCGCUCCCCUCACCCUCUGUCUGGCCCAGAGGCUGCCCUCUGGAGGGGCUAGGACUGGCACGCAUGCCCUGCAGGAAGGAUGGAACCACGAUUGACUGGGCGGCUAACAUCAGGAGUUCCUGGGACUUCAGUGAGGAGGGGGCCCAGUCACGUCUAGAGGCCUUUCUAAAUGAUGGUGUGUACAGAUAUGAGAAGGAAUCAGGGCGUGCGGAUGCCMCCAACACCAGCUGUCUGUCUCCUUACCUGCACUUUGGCCAGCUGAGUGCUCGCUGGCUGCUGUGGGACACUAAAGGGGCGCGCUGCCGACCCCCCAAGUUCAUACGAAAACUGGCCUGGAGGGACCUGGCCUACUGGCAGCUAACAUUGUUCCCAGACCUGCCCUGGGAAUCACUCAGACCACCAUACAAGGCCCUUCGGUGGAGCAAUGAGAGGGGUCAUCUGAAGGCGUGGCAGAAGGGCAGGACAGGUUAUCCUCUAGUAGAUGCUGCAAUGAGACAGCUGUGGCUGACUGGAUGGAUGAACAACUAUAUGAGACACGUAGUAGCUUCUUUCCUCAUAGCUUACCUCCAUCUACCGUGGCAGGAGGGAUAUCGCUGGUUCCAGGACACCCUUGUGGAUGCUGACGUGGCCAUAGAUGCCAUGAUGUGGCAGAAUGGAGGCAUGUGUGGUCUGGACCACUGGAACUUUGUCAUGCACCCUGUUGACGCAGCCAUGACCUGUGACCCUUACGGAAGCUAUGUCAGGAAGUGGUGCCCUGAGCUGGCGGUGCUGCCUGAUGACCUCAUACACAAACCCUGGAAGUGCCCAGCCUCCAUGCUGCGCCGUGCCGGUGUAGUCCUAGGCCAGUCCUACCCAGAGUGUGUGGUGACAGAUCUGGAGGAGAGGAGGAGCCAGUCUUUGCAGGACGUGGCAUUGGUGAGGAGGCGUUUUGGGGAAUACGUGGACCCCUGCUCGGGGUGCGACCUGGUCCCCCUGCCCCCCCGCCUGGUCUCGGAGGCCAUGGGUGGAGGUAUGGUCAACACAGGUGGGCAGUUCCUCCUGCCUGUCAUCACCCGUAUGGAGUUCAAGCACCAAUCAGACGAUCCAGACGCGGACGCUGCCUCUAACCCCUAUAACGCCGUUCUGAAGGGCUACGUGAGCCGCAGGCGGAAUGAGACCAUCGCCUUCCUGAACCAGACAGACUUCACAGCCAGCGUGAUAAACGAGGGAGCAGAGAGGAGGGAAAGACAAGAGCGAGACCAGAGGAGGAUGGAGGGACUACCACGCCCUCUUGCAGCUCAAGGAAGGGGAAAGAGGACCCCCGCUGCCAAGGACAGGUUCUCCACAGUGCCUGGGGGAGUGGCUACUUCUCACAGAUGACCAUAAGGGCAGGGGCUAAAGGUUCGAUAGAGCCACUGUGGUGCCCAAUGGCCUUUCCUCAAUUGGUUUGCUUAACUUCUGCGUCCUUCCUCACCUACUUUUGAAAAUGGUUAAAGGUAAAUCAAGGAGACGCGGGGAAGAGGGAACUUGAACAAAAUUGUGCUUGUAUCAAUUGUCUCUCCUUCACUCGCAUGUCAUCCAGCAAAUUAUGUUUACAGUGGAUCACAAAAAAUAAAUGUGUAAAGUGAUCAAAAUGAAUUAAGUUAGUUGUGCAAGACAUUUUCUCAAUAAACAUGCUUUUCUGC